AUGAAUUCAACAAGUGAAAUCCACGAUGUGAUCAUCGUCGGCGCUGGACCCUGCGGUCUAGCCGUGGCAGCCCGUAUCCAAGAGCAGACCCCCUCAGCCGUAUUCACAGACGAGGAGCACCAGCGAUACCACUGGAUCCAAAAGCACACCGGUAAGAUGAAUCUCGUCCAAGCAGGACGCAGCAAGAAAAACGGUGUCCGAGCAGAAAAAUGGAAUCGCGGACAAAGAACCUGUCCUUGCAAAGACGAUACGAGUACAGGGUCUGAUCGCCGCGGAUCUGCCGAUUCGACAUCAUCCGUGCCAUCGCUAUCAUCAGACUCGUCGACAUCGUCUGCAGCGUCGAUUUCGACACUGGUUUUGGAUGGAACGGGGGAUCAGUGGAUGCAGCGGUGGAAUAAUGCUUUUCGCACGUUGGAGAUUAAACAGCUGCGGAGCCCGAUGUUUUUCCAUGUUGAUCCUGGGGAUCGAGAUGGGAUGUUGGCUUAUACGCAGGAGGUUGGUAGAGAAGAGGAUCUGUGGGAGAUUUCGGGGUGUGUUGGGAAGGAGAUGAGCAAGCAUAAGAAGAAGAAGAGACGGCAGAGUGGAAAACCUCAGACACUAGGAGUCGAAAUUGACGAACGAGAUCGCAAAGACUACUUCUCGCCCUCGACCGGUCUUUUCGCCGACUACUGCAAUUCCAUCAUCGACCGGUACGGCCUGAACGAGCCCAGCCAGAUUCUCAAACAAGAAGUCACGGACAUCACCCAUGGAUACUUACCAGAUAAUCUCGAUAUUGCGACACCCAAUUCCAAGAUAUUCACUCUCACUACCUCGACCGGGCAGAAAUUCUAUAGCCGGGCAGUUGUGCUUGCUACGGGCGCCGGUGGAGCUGGGAUCCAAAAGAUCUUCCCAUGGAAGCCAGCGAAUGAAGCUGAAGGGGCUGAUGCUUGCUGUCAUAGCAUGGAAAUUAAAAAUUUCCCGAGUCCUCAUGUGCGGAGCAAGAUCCAGCAAAGACGAGAGACUAAUGUGGUCGUCGUGGGAGGGGGGCUUUCGUCAGCCCAGAUUGUUGAUAUGGCUGUGCGAAAAGUCAAACACUUUGAUCUCAGCCUGCCCUGGAUGGGAAAGUAUAAAAACUGGGAGAAAGCAGCAUUCUGGUCAGCAGACACUGAUGAAGAGCGCCUCGAAAUGAUCAAGACAGCUCGUAAUGGCGGUAGCAUCACCCCUCGCUACACAAGAAUCGUCAAACAACAUGUCGCCCACCACCGAGCAUCCAUUCACACACGCACUGAAAUAACUUCCAACAAAUAUAAUCCAGAAACACGGACAUGGACACUAACCACCGAUCCGCCAAUCCCCAACCUACCGCGGAUCGAUUACAUUUAUUUUGCAACGGGGGCGCGCUCCGAUGUUCGCGAAAUGCCACUAUUAAGUAAUAUCAAUGAUCAGUACCCUAUUGAAGUCAUCGAGGGUCUUCCUUGUAUUACGGAUGAUCUCAUGUGGCGGGAAGAUGUACCCCUCUACAUUACAGGGCGACUAGGGGCUCUACGACUGGGUCCUGGAGCUCCAAAUCUUGAAGGAGCCAGGCUUGGCGCAGAGAGGAUCGCCUGGAGCUUGGAGGAGAUCCUCGAGAAGAACCGGAGCAUUGGAGAUCAGUGCGAGGGGUUUUGUGGACUGGGAAAUCUGUAUGCUUCAUUGGUUGGGGAUGGCGAGGACGAUAACGAGGAGGUGUAG